CAAAGAGAAGCUGGCCAGGUGAACUGAGUCUCAGUCAGCACUGGUCAUGACCACAGCUCCAUGCCGGUAGCUACGAGAAGGGAGCAGACCGAGUGAGGAGCCGUCAAGGGACACAGGAUGGUGAGGUGUUGGAAACGUUCAGAAAACAGCUUGGAGGAAGCACAGUGCACGGAUGGGGGCCCCGCUGCGUCCCCCCAGUCCCACUUCCCACACAAAGCCUUCUGGGUCAGCCUCUCAGCAUCUCUGCUCCUGGUCGUCAUUGCCCUCGGUUUGACGGGGCACCUCGGGCUGUCGCGACCCCGCUCUCAGUCUUUGCAGAUCGUGAGAAUCACAGUUCCAGAUCAGACUGGAGUUGUGAUCAAUCAGUCAGCCGUCGUGGACCAGCAGAACGACCUGGUGACCUUUUCUGUGACCUCACAAGCAAAUCAGACGUCCACUGUGCUGUUUGACAUCAAACAUGGUUUGAUAUGUUACAAACCGGUCGACCAGGACAGCUGCUUCCUGCGAAAGAUGGAGCAGUCCGACUACGACAACGUGCACUCCCUCCUUCACGAGUCAACACACAAGCAGAGUCAGUUCCAGCUGUCUGGGAACGAGACCCGGAGGCAGACAGAGUUCCUGGGGGUGCUGGCAGCCAGUCAGGUGGACAUGUCCACGCUGGAGGAGCCUCUGAAGGCUCUGUGUCAGGACAGGUCCGUCCACUGGACCAGGAGAGCCAAGGGCCCGGGCAAACAGAGGCUGGUCUACUUCUGCAUUGACAUCUGCUUUCCCAGCAACAUCUGCGUAUCUGUCUGUUUCUACUACCUGCCAGAGUGA